AUGAGUGCCGACCAGUUCAAGGCGAGGACGAUGAAGAGGAAGAACGUCAAAGGUCUUGCUCUCAGUGCACCCGCCAAGCCCGCCGUGCCCUCGGACGAAGAUGCGCAAUUGCCAGGAGCGCUGGGCAACGAUGGCAAGAGGCCAGACACCCUGGAGAUUGGCGUGGAGUUCAGGCCAGAUUGGCGGAGCGAGGACCUAGAGAUCAUGAAAGAGCUGGGCUCCGGCAAUGGCGGCACUGUCAGCAAGGUGCGACACAAAGGCUGGAAUAUUGUUAUGGCAAGGAAGAUCAUUCACGUCGAGGCGAAGAAGGAAAUUCGGAAGCGAAUUGUCAGGGAACUCCAGAUCAUGCACGAGUGCAACUCGCCCUAUAUCGUCUCCUUCUACGGUGCCUUCAUGAAUGAGUCCAACGAUGUGACUAUGUGCAUGGAGUAUAUGGAUGUUGGUUCGCUUGACAGUAUAUCCAAGAACUUCGGUCCCGUCCGAGUCGAUGUGUUGGGCAAAAUCGCCGAGGCUAUCCUGGGUGGCCUCAAAUACCUCUACCUGGCCCACAGAAUUAUGCAUCGAGACAUCAAGCCUUCCAACGUCCUGGUAAACAGCCGAGGCCAAAUCAAGCUGUGCGACUUCGGCGUUUCUUCAGAAUUGGAGAAUAGCGUUGCCGAUACCUUCGUCGGUACUGGAACUUACAUGGCCCCGGAGCGAAUUCAAGGUAGCCCAUAUUCAGUCAAGAGCGAUGUGUGGAGUGUCGGCUUGACAUUGAUGGAGUUAGCAAUUGGCAAGUUCCCUUUCAGCGUCUCGACGGAAGAUGGCGAAGAGGAGGCGUCGGGACCACAGGGUAUUCUUGACCUGCUACAGCAGAUUGUGCUGGAGCCUGCCCCAAAACUACCCAAGAGCGAUGCUUUCCCGUCGAUAUUGGAAGACGUCAUAGCGAAGUGUUUGAUGAAGAAUCCAGAAGAGCGACCUACACCUCAGGAGCUGUACGACACCGACCCGUUCUUGCAGGCAGCGAAGCGUACGCCUGUGGAUCUUGAACAAUGGGCGGUCAGCAUGAUGGAGAGACACAACAGGAAAAGCCACCUGGCGCCGCAACUCUCGCCCUCGACACGUGCCUUGUUACGCGGCGAGGAAACACCGAGCCAGACUUCCAGCUCC